CGUGUGACGUUUGUUCUCUCCCAGGCCCGCCAUCUUUACUCGCCGCGUGCUGAAGUGCUGUGGGAGAGUCUGUGCGUGAGGUUGCACGAGUUUUCUUCUCUAUCUCGUUGUAUUAUUCGAGCAACAGCUGUGUAGUCCUGCGCCAGAAGACUGCGACUUUAGAAAAUAUCAGACACUUCAGCAUGAAUCAAGAAAAGCUAGCAAAGCUUCAAGCACAGGUCCGAAUAGGUGGAAAGGGUUCAGCUCGGAGAAAGAAGAAGGUUGUACAUAGAACCGCAACAGCCGAUGACAAGAAACUUCAGAGUUCCUUAAAGAAACUUGCUGUUAACAAUAUUGCUGGUAUUGAAGAGGUGAACAUGAUAAAGGAUGAUGGAACAGUGAUUCACUUCAAUAAUCCCAAAGUGCAAGCGUCCUUGUCUGCCAACACGUUUGCAAUCACUGGUCAUGCAGAGACUAAACAACUUACAGAGAUGCUCCCAGGCAUUCUAAGCCAGCUAGGAGCUGACAGCUUGACAAGCCUCCGUAAACUCGCAGAACAGUUCCCUAGACAAGUCCUGGAUAACAAAGCGCCCAAAGCACAGGACAUUGAUGAAGAAGAUGAUGAUGUUCCAGACCUCGUAGAGAACUUUGAUGAGGCAUCAAAAAAUGAAGCAAACUAAAAUGCCAUAUGGUACGGAGGAGGAGUGAUGAAGAUUGCAGUUGAAGGAGUGGCUUGUUCAGAUGUUUUAACUUUUAGAAAAAUGCAACAUGGAGAUCAUUUAUUUCAACAUUGAAGAGACUUUUUGUAUUUUAACAGGCUUGUGUAAUCAGCAUCUUCCAUUUGGAUAGAUUUGUGCACUUACAAAAAUAAGAUGUUGAGAACGAAAUAUAUGGCAUAUAACGUCCUUUGCAGUCUUGAUCUUGGCCGUGGUUACAGUAAGGAAGUCGGUCUUAUUUAAAUAUUUAAAAAAAAAAAAUAAACAAAAUCCCUUGUGAAUUACAAAAAUAAAACUGAAUAACUUUUUGUUACAUUAUA